CAUUGCCUUCGUGCACUGCUUCAGGGAUUGUUCAUUCCCCCUAACUCGUGGGUAACGUAGUGCCUGUUACCGCUACUCAAGUCGAGCAUCAUAUCAUAUCUCUUUUUCCUACUUGUGACUGACCCCCUUCUUGGCCAUGUCCACGCCCCUAUCGCCGUUGACGUCCUCGCGCCAGAACUCUCGCGCCAUCUCAUCAAAUCAUGACGACGCUAUGGAGAAAGAAGAUGUAGACACGAGCUCUAUAGUGGACUAUGGUCAAGUGAACAUAUCUUCGAGUCCAUCAAAUCCGGUGGACAACGCCCUGAGACCGCUUCGAACCGAUGAAUAUCACGACCCUGGCUAUGAGUCGCCAACUCGCGAGGAGGACAAUGCAGAUGUAGAGUCCUUGCAGAUAGCACCUAGCUCCCCGUUCCAGUUCGAGGGAAGGGACGAAACAGUUGACUUUAUGAGAUUACGCGCCAUGAGCCGCCAACCCUUAGAGUGCAUCAACGAGCACUCCGCAACGCCCAGAAAACGCUCCUAUGAGCAAGUGCCUGACUAUCAAGAGACGGACGAAGAGUCGAAGGAAAGGUACAAGAAGGUGGCCAGUCGCAGAGAAGCUGCGGAGGUUGGCGCGUCCGCCCCCGAGGACGUUGAACCUGUUAGCAACCAGGAGAGCAUGGCGGAGAUACUAGACCGAGAAAUUGUCCAUAGCGUGGUCGAGGAUAAUGACAACGACGAAAUAGCUACUGUUCUUCACGAUAACGAAGUCUACAACGAUGGACUAGACAAUAACGAAAUUAUCGACAUGCACGAAACCAACAUUUUCAUGAAUGACGACUCCCAGGACUCUAUGGAUGAAACUCGACUCAGUACCUUCUCUGCUGUGCCUGAUAUGACUACGUUUGCGCAACUGCGAAGUGACUCCCCUUACAAAUUGAAGCAAUCGCUUCCAGGAAACCCAAGCCAGGAUGUUAGCUAUGCACGCCAGAGCUUGGGAACUGCUACACCUACUACCAUGCAAAGGUCACCCAGAAAAACCGCCCUAGUAGAAGCUGGUACGCCGUCGAAAUCCAUUACACCGAGAAAGAGAGAACUCAAAGACACAGAUGCGACUCCCAAUCUGCUUGAUUUCACAGACCAGCCCGGUUUCUUCUCACGCGCACGCCAUAGCAUGCAGAAUGAGCGAUACUCGCCGUCUCGACGAUCACCCCUAAGAACUGCUCGAGAUGCACUAAGAUCACCUGCCAAAGCUUCACUCUUGGAUUUCGACAUACCUAGCAUCCCCACUCCACGAUCCAUUCCCACGGUCACCCCGCGGGAGGUAGAAUCCCUAAAAUCUGGCUUUCUUUCCGAGAUAUCUUCUCUCAAAGCCACCCUCAGUGGCAAGGAGGCAGAGGUUGCCAGUCUCAAGCAGGCAGUUGCAGAUGCGGAGCGACGUGUUGGUGAGGCGUUGGAGGAGGUCCGCAAUGAGUCGACCCGCAGGGAGACGUUGGAGAUCGAACAAGUCAGAUGGCAACAGAGGGGGCAGGAGAUGGAAGCCGUUUUGUGCAAUGUCAAAGCCGAAUUUGUCGAAGGCGAACAGGAAAGAGAACGACUGGCAAAGAAGGCCGACGACGCUGAGAAGAUUAAAGAACAACUCGAGGGGAGGGUGGUGGAGCUGCAAAGUCAACUUGUUGCUGCUCGCAAACCCGCCUCUCACGACGCCUCCUCAACUACGGAAUCUUCUAGUGUGAAAUCAGCCGAAGAGACAGCGAAGGAGGUCCAGGAUGCCGUUGAGAAAGUUGCACGUGAGCUUCACACCCUGUACAAGAGCAAACAUGAAACCAAGGUUGCGGCCUUGAAGAAGAGCUACGAAUCUCGCUGGGAGAAGCGAGUGCGUGAAGCUGAAAGCAAGCUAAAGACUGCCAUUGAGGAGAACGAGCUUUUGAAGAUAGAGCGGGAUGCUGUUAUCUCGGAAGCUCACCUGGCCGAACCUAGCGUGCAUUCCCACGAGAAGGAAGGGCACGAGGCGGAAAAGCGCGUACUGGAGGCGCAAGUCAAGGGUCUACAGCAGGAGGUGGUCACUCUCAAGGGCGAGACCGAACGGUUGCAUGCCGAGCUGAAGGUUGAACGAGCAGAGAAGGGUGAACUUGUGGCCGCCGUUGAUGAAUGGCUGUCGAUUCAACCGAUCCACGCCCACGCACCGAGUGAAUCGAGUCUUUCCCAGUCACCCCAGGGCCAGGUGCACCAGUCACUGGACCCAUUACCAUCUAGAACCGAGUCAGCACCCGGAAAUCUUCAGCAGAGUGUUAGCCAAGGCAGUUCCUCCAGCAGCAUCCGUCCUCUCAGUACAGGCGCUGGGUCAGAGCGAGAGAGAAAAAUCCCGAAGAUCGGAGCGCCGGUCAGUCGACAGACCCGGGGGAACAGCGGCAGUAAAUCAGGAAUUGCUGUCUUCACCCCCGGGCGCAGUGGUAUCAUGGGCUCAAUAGAGCGUAUGGGCCGUGGUGGUGCGUAAUAUCCACACUUCUGUCAAUAUCUCACCUCAUCGCUUUCCCCCUAUUUUCUGCAUUUGGUGUUGUUCUCAGACCUGGCGUACUGUGUACAUGGUCCCUGAUGGGCGGGUACAUAUCCUUUUCACACUUUUAUUCCCGCUUUUCUUCAUUUCUUCCUUGUAUGUUGAGAUAUCCUAAGGAGGCGUUUUGCCCUGGAAUCAGGGACGUGUGCGGACGAUGA